GCGUCUGGGCUGCAGCCCCGAAGUAUGCGGAGGGCCCCCGGGCGGCCCAGGGCGCCCCGCGCAAGUUUGGCGGCGUCGGAGGCUGCGCGCCCGGCCGAGCGCGGGGACUGAGGCGGCCCCGCUUUUGUGUCUCGCGCCUCCCCUGGAUGCCGCGUCGGGCCAGCUGCGGCGGCCGCUGCUGAGGACCCCGGCGGGGCCGAGGGGCGACGGCGGGCGCGGUGCGUGGCCCAGGCGGGACCAUGGGGAACGGCGUGUGCUCCCGCAAGCAGAAGCGGAUCUUCCAGACGCUGCUGCUGCUGACCGUGGUCUUCGGCUUUCUCUACGGCGUGAUGCUGUACUACGAGCUGCAGACGCAGCUGCGCAAAGCCGAGGCGGUGGCGCUCAAGUACCAGCAGCACCAGGAGUCCCUGUCCGCCCAGUUGCAAGUUGUGUAUGAACACAGAUCAAGAUUAGAAAAAUCACUGCAAAAGGAAAGACUUGAACAUAAGAAAGCCAAAGAAGAUUUUCUUGUUUAUAAGUUAGAAGCACAAGAAACCCUAAAUAAAGGAAGGCAAGAUUCCAACAGCAGAUACAGUGCGUUGAGUGUACAACAUCAAAUGCUGAAAAGCCAACACGAGGAGCUGAAGAAACAGCACAGCGACCUGGAAGAGGAACAUCGCAGGCAAGGGGAAGACUUCAGCAGAACAUUCAAUGACCACAAGCAGAAAUACUUGCAGCUUCAGCAAGAGAAGGAACAAGAACUUUCUAAACUGAAAGAAACGGUGUACAAUUUGAGAGAAGAGAACAGGCAGCUGAGGAAGGCACACCAGGACAUACACACACAGCUUCAGGACGUCAAGCAGCAGCAUAAGAACUUACUCUCGGCCCAUGAGCAGCUGGUAGUGACGCUGGAGGACCACAGGAGCGCACUGGCUGCCGCACAGACUCAAGUGGCCGAAUACAAACAGCUGAAAGACACUCUGAAUAGGAUUCCAAGCUUCCGAAAGCCUGAGCCAGCAGAAGCGCAGAACGUGAGCCCUACCCAGGCGGGCCGUUCUCAGCCAGGCCACCAGGCAGCUAGAGAGAAGCCGACCUCAGAGCCACGGCAGGGGUCUCAACAUAACACUAUGUGGCAGAAGCAUGGAGUUGUUCCUGGAAGAAUAGAAGACACAGGUUCCAUUCCUCCCACCAAGAAGGAGGCGGAGGGUCAGGCUCCUGCUGGCCCAAACCGGCAGGAAGUGGACCCGAGAGAAGCUGAGGAGCAUCGGGCAGAAGAGGAGCACCGGAAAGCCCUGGCGGAGGAGGAAAUGGAGCAGGUUGGGCAGGCGGAGCGCCUGGAGGAGGAGCAUGACCCGUCCCCUGAGGAGCAGGGCCAGGAGUGGCGAGAACAGCGAAGGGAGCAGGUGGCUGCCGGCCUUCAGGAGAGGCAUGCCGCUCAGGUUCCCUCGUCAGCCCAGGCUGUGACCAGAUUGCGAUCCCCGUAUGAGGAGCAGUUGGAGCAGCAAAGGCUGGCGGCCCGGCAGGCGGAGGAGGCGCAGCGGCUACAGGAGCACCAAGAGGCCCUGCACCAGCAGCGGCUGCGGGAGCACUUACUGCGCCAGCGGCAGCAGCAGCUCCUUGCCAAAGAAGUGGCCCAGCCAAGACAGGCGCAGCAUGAAGAGCGUGGACAGCAGCCCCAGGAUCAGCUCCGGCCGCAGGCUCACUAUGAGGCCAUGGACAAUGACGUCGUUCAGGGAGCGGAGGACCAGGCUGCCCAGGAGGAGGAAGGAGGAGCCUACGAAAGAGACAACCCGCACCAAGAUGAAGCAGAGGGAGAGCCAGGCACCAGACAGGAGCCCCGGGCACAGCCGCCCCGAGAAGUGGACCCCAACUCUGAGGCAGAUAGGGCAGCCGCAGAGGAUAUAAACCCAGCAGAUGACCCCAAUAAUCAAGGGGAAGAUGAAUUUGAGGAAGCGGAGCAAGUGAGAGAAGAAAAUUUACCAGAUGAAAAUGAAGAGCACAAGCAGAACAAUCAGAAGGAAGAGACAGCGGAGACAGAGGCUCGUCUACGGAUGGCAGGAAAUCCCGACCAGCAGGAGGACAAUGUUGAUGAGCAGUACCAGGAGGAAGGAGAGGAGGAGGUUCAAGAAGAUUUAACUGAAGAAAAGAAAAGAGAAUUGGAGCAUAAUGCUGAAGAGACCUAUGGUGAAAAUGAAGAAAAUGCGGAUGAUAAAAACAACGAUGGAGAAGAGCUGGGGGGCCACAAUGACAAGCACCCCCAAGGCCGAGAGGGGCACUACGAGGUGGAGGAGGAGGAGGAGGAGGGGGACAGGGCUGCCCUCAUGGGGAAGCCACGGCGAAGAGCUGAAAUGUAGCAAGGGUUGCUUUCCGGACACUGUCAGCCUGGGAAUUCUUUUGAAGCUGCUCAAGAACGAAUCUGCCUACUGAAUUCCAGUAUAUUUAAUUACAAACAAAGAAGAUAAGUUUGACUUUUUUUUAAACUUUUAUAUUAGAAAUACUCAUACAUUUAUAUGAAUAUAUUUUGGUAACUUAGGGUAGAGCCUCUUUUAUAUUAAAGCUAAAUAUGAACAAGAAGAGAAACAAACCGACCUUCAGCUCCGAGUCUGAUUUUUGAGAUCAUUGAGUUUGUGUGUGUUUUGACUUGUCGCCUUGCUCUUGGUUCUCGAGCUGUGCUGUUUGCCUUUGACACAGGCCUUACAACCAGAGAGUGCUGAGAAAUGCUGUUGAGACUUGAAGGAGACGGGCCACUGUCUGUUGUGUUGUUGUGUAUGGCUCUCCUAGGAUUUCCCCCAGUGUGUGUGGCUCUGGAAGUGGAUCUGGGCACAGCAACGUGCAGGUGGAGGGCGGUUUCUUUUGUGGAUUAAAGAUGUCCUUGACAUUCAGAUCACUUAGAAACACACUGAUCAUUACUUAAAGCACAGCUCUCCUGCUUGAGAGGCAUGAAUUAGAACGUGAGAUGGUGCCAAGACCCGCAGGGCAGUAGCCUGGACUUACUCAGCCACUUCAGUGUUCAAACAGGGUUUGGCACAUCAAUGUACUAACCUUUGGGGGAACGAUGAUUGGUUUAAAAGCUAAUUAGUGGGUGUGUGGUGUUUCUGUGUGAGCACACACAGUGUUUUCCUCUGCGGUCAUACAGUGACGCAUGUUUCUGCGUCUAAUUCUCUAAAGGAUCUCUCCUUGGAGCUCUGUGCCUCGCUAUGUAACCCCUUUGAUAAUAAGUAUGAAGGCAUACCAAACUACACAAGUAGAUAGGAUUAUUUUUCAGACCAUGUAGUGAAAUAUGUAUGUGGUAAUCUGACUGGCCUUCAUGACUGUACUCUUUGUGUAUGCAUAAGGCAUUUAAGGAUUAUGAAUUACAACAAUCCCUUAAAAUAAGAAAAUGAAAAUCAGAAACUCCUCUUGAAAGAGACAUAGUUCUGUGUCAAGUUUAAAAUAUAGAACUCGAUUAUAAAAUUCAGAUGUGUGCGGUUCUGCAACAAUAUUCUCAAAGUAAUGAAAAGAAAUUGUGUUUCCCACCUUCAUUGUAUGAGUGUAAUUUUAUUUUUUAAUAACCACACUUGUAUGUGGUUUUGAUGAUUCUGGUUGGUGAUUGUGUAUGUAUGCAUAGGAAUGUUUUAUUCAAAUGUGUUUUAGAUUUCCAAUAAUCAUAAAUAAAAUCUUACUUUUAUGUAUAAAACUCUAUGUAAUGUAAAAUGUAUAAUAUUGUACAUAAUAUUCAGAAUACAAUUAUUUUGGUAAAUUAGUUUGUAUUUUUAAUGUCCCAGUUGCAGUAUUUAAUUAUUUGAAGCAUAUUGAAACUUGGUAAUAGUCAAUAAACCUAUAAAAAAAAGUGGUAAAUCUUUUAAAGCACCACAGUUGAAUUUUGUUAGUUUCCGAACUUCUAACAUUCUCCAAGUUCUUAUUCAUGAAAAAUUGUAAAAUGUACCAAUAUAGAUAAAUAAAUUAUAAAAUGUCA